UAGCUAGUGCGCAGUGAACAGAACCCAAUUGAAUUUGUUGUAGAAAAAUUUCGUUGGCGAUGAAAAAUUCCGAUACAAAAAAGUGCAAUUGCAGGGAAAUGCUUCCGACAGUAUAAAUUUGCAUUCCAAUAAGAAAUUAGUUAUAAAAAAAUCAAAGAUCAUCGCGUAUUAAAUAGCUAAUAUUGAAACAUUUGCCUAAAACACGCUUGUUCGACAAUUAAAAAGGGGGCAAAGACGCAAUUCAAUUAAUUUCAUUUAAUCGGAGCUAUUAACGUUGCUGUCGUCAUCAUUACAUAGUGCAGGCACGAAAGCAUCUCGUCGCAUCACAAACCAGUUUACAUCACCUCACCGGCAAGCAAUUGGCAGUAACGACAAGAUCACGAUACCCACAUCAAAACAGCUGGAAGAAAAUCUGCAGUGAAAAUCUACAAUGGCGGUGUCAGAACAUGAUAACGUCUUCUUUUUCAUCCCAAACUUAAUUGGAUACGCGCGCAUAGUGCUGGCACUGAUAGCUUUUUGGUUCAUGUCCACCAAUUAUGUCGUUGCUGGCUGGUGCUAUGUCAUAAGUGCCCUCUUGGAUGCAGUCGAUGGACAUGCAGCACGUGCAUUUAAUCAAAGUACACGUUUUGGCGCCAUGUUGGAUCAAUUGACUGAUCGUUGUGGCACAACUGGCCUCUUGGUUACACUCAGCUAUUUCUAUCCGAAGUAUAUGUUCUGGUUCCAAGUCUCAAUUGCCAUAGAUAUCGCCUGUCAUUGGCUUUAUAUGCAAACGAGCGCCAUGAUCGGCAAAACAUCACACAAAACAUUUGACGUCAAAGAAAAUGCGAUAAUGCGCACUUACUAUCAGAAGAAUGUGCUCACCUUUAUGUGUUGUGCAAAUGAACUUUUUUACGUUUGCUUGUAUCUUCUACAUUUCACAUAUGGACCAUUGAUCCUUGGACUUUCACUUUUCAGAAUUUUGGCCAUCGCUAUGGCUCCAUUCGCUGUUGUCAAGUCAUUAAUUUCUUGUCUACAUGCCUAUGUGGCCAGUAUUGAUUUGGUCUCUUUAGACGUGCGUGAACGUGAAGCCAAGCGCCAGAAAGAAGGGGGCCAGAAAGCUGAAUAAAUUGGCAUAGUUAAAUUUCUGAGAUAAUUUUAAGAUAUACAUAUAUAUAUAUAUAUAUCCGCAAAAAACGCUUUUGGCAAAAAGUGUGCGAACUCAUGGUUCUCCGAUUGUUGUUAAUAUUGAUUUAUUUUUUUAUUUAUUUUUGAUAUACAUAUUACAUAUACUUAAAAACAAUA